GCUGGGAAAAUGGCGGCCAAGUUGGAGCCGCUGGCGGCCUCGGAGGAGGCGGAGGAGGGCGAGGGGCAGACCAAACCUUUGAAGACUGAGGACUUGCUGUCAAUGGUGAAAAAGCUGCAGAAAGAGGGAAGCCUGGAGCCACAGAUAGAAGAUCUGAUUAACCGGAUUAAUGAGCUUCAGCAAGCAAAGAAGAAAUCCAAUGAGGAAUUGGGAGAAACUCAAGCUCUCUGGGAGACGCUGCACAGGGAAUUGGACUCUUUGAAUGGAGAGAAAGUACACCUAGAGGAGGUCUUGAGAAAAAAGCAAGAAGCGCUGAGGAUCCUUCAGCUGCACUGCCAAAGGAAGGAAAGCGAGGCUCAGAGGUAAGAGGAGCAGGGGGCCAGGACUACAGACCAAAGACAGGCCCCUUCUCUCCAGCAGGUGCUGGAGCGGCGGCUGGCCUGGGAGAUCCGCGCGCUGCAGAGCAGCAAGGAGCAGCUGCUCACUGAAGAGAACUUAGCGAGGGCCAAGCUGGAGCAGGUGGAGCAGAGGCUGCGCUCCUCGCCUACGGUCCAGGGCGCCCUGGAAGUGAACGAAGAGCUGAAGGUGGAGCUGGAGAAAUCUGGGGAGCAAGUCCCCACCCAGACCCAGAGCCCCUCGGGCGACUGGGCCCACAAAGAAGAGGUCAGGAGUCAGGGAUGGAGGCGAGGCGGCCAGAGGGAGGCAGAGUGGGCGGGGAUGUCCCCAGAGUCCCUCGGAGGGAGGGUCUGUGGGGAGCAGUGCACCCCCGGUGCUGACGGUGACGGGGCAAAGGCAGCCACGGGGCUUGACAGGCUGACUCUGCGCUCCGGCAGCCCGACCCGGAGUCCCUGUGCGCCCGCCACGAGGAGGACCUGGAGCCGCUGGUGGAGCUGGCCCUGUGGUCCCCCUAGGCCAUUGGGACCCACCGAUCCCUAGCUUCAAGGCCCGCCGAGAAAUAAAGGCAAUGAUUCAGAUCGUC